AUGGAUAAGGUCAAUUUCAUCAGGGCCUACGCCAAAGCUAGCCGAGUUGGCAUGACGCGAAAGAACAUACUCUCUGGCUGGAGGGUUACCGGAAACUGGCCUAUCUCGCGUGAGAAAGCGUUACGGCACCCUGAAAUUCAACAGGACAGGUCAAAUUGCAGCCUCAGAGUGACUCCCGAACCAAGGCCAUUUUUCGACUCGGACAACACACCCCAGACGAGCCGUCAAAUUCGCGAUCUUGGACUCAACAAGACACCAAAGACACGGAGACGAUACAACAUCAUAGCUAAGGGGUUUGAAGCUCAGCAGCAGACAGUUGCGGCGCAUACGCAGAAGAUUGCCAGCCUAGAGGAGGAACUCGCCCGCUUGAAGAGAGGCAAGAAAAGGAAGGCGGUUCCGAAUCCUAACAAGCGGUUUAUGACCCUUAGUGAGGCACUAGCCAGCGGAGAGGUUAUAGCAGAAAAGAAGACUGAAAAUAUGCCUAUUGGAGUAGAAUGUGUCGAUUCAAACGAGGAGGAGUCAGAAUCGGAGGCCGGCUCUGUCAUUGAAGUCAGAGGGGAAACCGUACCCCAUCAAUCCACCACGCGUUCAAGGCGGCUCGUUAGAAAAUGUCGGAACCGAUAG